AUGACUGCUGUGAACAAUUUGCCUAAGCCAAGUGAAGCAGAGAAGAUGAAGAUACAACAGAUAUGUUCGCUUUUGAAUUAUUCUUGCAGAUGGGAAAGUGCAACCUUAUUUUCAAUGGUUUUGGGAGGUAUAUGCUACUUUGGAAGCCAGCGGUUUAUUGGUGCUAUUAAUGGGUUUCUGGUUUUCGGUAUCAUAAUUUCUUUCACAGCUCUUGUGGGAGUGACCAGUGGGAACCUGCAAUGGAACACACUUCUGCAAGGCAACUUUGAAGCUGUCCCAUCAAGUAUACCCAUAAUUGUACUCUCAUUUGUUUACCAGAACGUAGUGCCUGUUCUUUGCACGAAUCUUGAAGGGGAUCUGUCAAAAGUAAGGACCGCCAUUGUUCUAGGAACAGCUAUUCCUCUUCUUCUCUUUCUUUUUUGGGAUGCUGUAAUUCUUGGAACCAUUUCAAAUCUGGGUUCAGAUAGCUACAAGAUCACGGACCCAUUAGAACUGUUGCGGUCUGGCAAUGGGAUUGUUGGACCAAUUAUUGAGGUUUUCUCAUUUCUUGCGAUUGCAACAUCAUAUAUUGGAUUUGUUUUGGGUCUUUCCGACUUCCUAGCCGAUUUGUUAAAACUGCCAAGUGGCCAGAGCAAGCCUCUCCCUUACUUGUUGACUUUAUUUCCGCCACUAGUUCUGUCACUGCUUGACCCAGAGAUAUUUUUCAAAGCAUUGGAUUUUGCAGGGACAUAUGGAGUUUUGGUCUUGUUCGGAAUUCUUCCUGCUGCCAUGGCAUGGUCAGAUAGGUUCAAUGAUUCAACCCAGCCUCCAAAGCUACCUUUACUUGUCCCUGGAGGAAGAUUCACCCUAUCUAUCGUAAUUGGAGGAGCAGGGUAUGUUAUUCUCUCAGAAAUACUCAAGAACUUGGGAAAUCCAUGAUUACAAAAAUUGAAGGUUCUAUCUAUUGUUGUAAGUUUCAAUUGCAUGAAAGCUUUUUUUAACUCGAGGAAACAAUUGACGGAAAAAGAAAUUCAGGAAAAGUUAUGAGAAUUUGUUUGGUUAUGCACAUUUUCCC